CACUCGAACAAGAAGAGGCAGAUGGGGAGGCUUUCCAUCCUCCGCUCCCUCCGCCUCCUCCCUUCACCUUCCCCUCUUCGUCCUUCCUCCAUUCGCCAGUCACGGCGCCUCUCUGCUUUCGCUCGUCGUCAAAUUAGGUCGGAGUUGUCUUUGUCAUUUGGUAGUCAUCUAAUCCCACACCCUGCAAAAGUUGAUAAGGGCGGUGAGGAUGCCUUCUUGGUGAGCAACCACAAUGGGGGAGUUUUUGCAGUUGCCGAUGGUGUUUCGGGUUGGGCGGACCAGAAUGUGGAUCCUGCGCUAUUUUCAAGGGAGCUGAUGGCAAAUGUUUCAGAACUAAUAGUGGAUGAAGAGGUCAAUUAUAAUCCUCAAGUACUCAUGAGAAAGGCCCAUGCUGCUACCUCUUCUAUAGGUUCAGCUACCGUUAUAAUUGCAAUAUUAGAGAAGAACGGAAUCCUUAAAGUGGCAAAUGUUGGAGAUUGUGGGUUGCGACUUAUUCGGAGAGACCAAGUAGUUUUUGCUACAUCUCCACAAGAUCACUAUUUUGAUUGUCCAUAUCAGUUGAGCUCAGAGAUUUAUGGCCAAACGUAUCAGGAUGCCACGGUAUGUAGUUUAGAGUUGAUUGAAGGAGAUACAGUUGUCAUGGGUUCAGAUGGCCUUUUUGACAAUAUCUUUGAUCAUGAAAUAAUUUCAGCUCUCUCUGGAUCUCAAGAUGUCUCCGAAGCUGCAAACAAACUAGCCAAUCUAGCACAUUAUCACUCUAUGGAUUCAAAUUUUGAUUCACCGUAUUCCUUGGAAGCUAGAAGCAGGGGCUUUGACGUACCCUGGUGGAAGAAAGUCCUUGGAACAAAACUAGUUGGGGGCAAGUUAGACGACAUCACUGUCAUCGUGGGUCGAGUAAUAAGAAUAAGCUUGUCGGACAACAACGAACAGGAGGAGAUUGCAAGCUCCACGUUUUGAUGUUUACGGGAGAUCACAAGACCAUUUCUUGCUAUUUAAUUUCUUAAUUUUACAAUUUCUGUGUACCUCUAUUAACAACACUCUUGUUAUUCAUGCAAAAUUCUACUGAUUUUGAAAGAAAUAAGUAUUAAUCUUUUUUGUGAAAAU